AUGGACACUCCCAUUGAGGUUUUGCGCAUUGAACACAAUUUGGUCUCGAAAGAGCUCAGUCGUUUCCGACCAUGCGAUCCUGAAAGCCGUUGCUACUUUUGUCGAGAAUGGGCUCAGUUCAUUUACAAGAAGCACUUUGUGUGGAAUGCGAAAACACAGGAGGAAGUCUCGAGUGAGCAUAUAGAUAUUGUGCCGGCGGGUCGAUAUCAACUUGCGGUGCAUCAUCCCGAUUCGGCCGCGCCUCGAAAAGAAUCGUCCUCCAAGAUGUUUGACAAUUUUCAAAAGCUGUUGGAAGGGAGUUCUGAAAACAGUGUCAACUGGACUCAGGAAUUAGUUUCUGCCUGUAUGAUGUGGAUUUCUCUUCCCAGCCGUUUGUCCAUGCUCCCUCAGCUGUUUGAACCGCUUCAGUUUAAUCCAUUCCCCAACGCGAUACCCCUCGUGGACGAUCCAAAAGAACCGGCCCAGCUGUUGGAUCCGCUCCUCAUUGAACGCCAAUCUCUUUGUCUACCUUCCGAGUUUUUCCAUCUUUUAAAGAAUCUGACGGGCGAUAUCUUACUUUCUCACACCCAGCCUACCUGUGAUCAUAUGAAGCCCGAUUCAAGAUCCCCCGCCGAGUUGGAUGUCGAUCGUGACAUUCUCAACGAAAAGAUGGCCAAGGCAGCCAAGACAGCGUUGAUGAAUCUGGAAAAAUCCCUCGACGAUACCUGGAGUCACCUUACCCAGUUUUUGCAGCAAUUGAUGGACAUUGAAAACGAGCGAGCGGAUUUCAUGGGAAAGGGGUGUCAGGAAAGGGUAGAUGAAUUUGCUCGAAAGCAGAAGAUCGUCCCGUUUCAAGAUUUCUGGUCCGAAGCAUUUCCUGCCACAAAAAAAAAACGGUCCAACACGGAUAUGGAGGUGGUGGAUAAAUCGUUUCUCGGCUACUUUGACGAUCUGAUCAAUUUCAUUCAUCAAUUUCACGAAGACUUUGUCAUUCCUCAUUUAGAAGGCGCACGCAAUGUGGUGCAGAAAUUGUGGGAUUUGGUCGUACCGGCUAUCCAGCAAAUGGCCGCUCGUAUGGCGGCUUACGAAAAGGAAGGGGAAGCGCGUCUCGGCAACUACAACGGCAUUGCUGAAUCUCUUUGCGGUUUACAUCCUACCAAUGACGUGGCGUUUGCCGUCGAUACCAUUCAAAUGCAAAUGUCAAUGCGUAAGAACGAAUUGAUCGAGGAGAUAGAGAAUCUGAAACGCGCCUAUACUGACGAAUCGAGACCCAACGUCGCCGGUCGUCUUGACAAGGUCGCCCACAAAGAUUUCAAGAAGAAGAUCAAGAAGAUCGAAAACGGUUAUUAUUCUCUGCGACAGCAUUUCCGUUAUUCGGCCACGCAAAAGAUCUUUCCCGAAACCUUGUUUUGCAAAUUCAGCCGCGUGUGUAUUGAGGCUUUGAUGCAGGAAGGUGAAGUCAUGGAAGCCGUCACGAUUGAGCAAGCCGUCAAGCAGUUUGUCAAGGACCACCCACUUUUGGUGCAAGAGCGUGAAAUCCUGCUGGAAGAUUUUGAAGAGGGUGUACAGACAGGUCGGCGGGAACUGGCUGGGAUUUUAGGGAAACUGUUUCUGAAGGAAGGCAUGCGUAUUCAAGGCGAAAACUUGGCGUUGAAACGACAGAACAUGCUUUUGAAAUCCAUUGGCGCGGCCAACGAUACAGGCGAUACUGAGUCUAACGGUACAGGCAACAAGAAGAAGAAGAAUAAGAAGAAGAAAGGAGCGAAUAGUAACAAUAACAACAAUGUUGCCGCCACCGCGACGUCGGUUGAACCUAACGUGAUUCCCGAUCUAUCGUCGGUGAUUGGAUUGCCUACUGAAGCCAAACCGAAGCAGGCCUCUCCCUCUCCCGUGGAUACUCCCCAGAAGAAGAGCGAGUCAAAGGAACCUUCACCCACUCCCCAGCCCAAGAUGACGGAGGAACAAUUGAAAGCAGCCGAGGAGAAACAGGCAGCCAAGUUGGAACGAGCGCAAGCCAAGGAAGCGGCCAGAUUGGAACGUAUCAAAGCAAGAGAAGCCAAAGAAGCCGCGGCCAAAGCAAAGGAAGAAGAAUUGGAAAGAGAAAGGGCCGAAAAAGAAAAAGCGGCUGCGGAAGCCAAAGCAGCCAAGGCCAAGGCGUAUCAGGAAGCCAAGGCGGCUCGAUUGCGUGAAGCCGAAUUGGAGAAAGAGCGAUUGGAGAAGGAACGCGCCGCGGCCGAGUUGGAGAAACAGCGUGCUCAUGAAGAAGCGAAAAAAGCGCGAGCCGCCGAAGCCGCCGAGCGAGCGAAAGCCAAGGAAGCCGAGGAAAGAGCUAGAGCUGCCGAAGCCGCCGAACGAGCCAAGGCAGAAGCCGAAGCAAGCAAGGCCAGAGCCAAAGAAGCUGCUCAAAAGGCCAAGGAAGCUGCCGAACGUGCCAGAUCCAAAGAAGUCAAAGAGAAAGCUCAAGCCCAAACCAAACCAGUGGAAGCCGCCGAGAAAGCACGCGCCAAGGAAGCCGCCGAGAAAGCCCGAGCAAAGGAGGCCGCCGAAAAAGCCCAAGCUGAGAAAGUCAAAGCCGAAAAAGCCAGAGCCGAGAAAGCCAGAGCCAAAGAGGCCCAACGCAAAGAAGCUGCCAAGAAAGCUGCUAUUUCCAGUUCUGGAGAUGUUCCUGGUGUCCGCGCUGCUGAAGCCACCCCGAGUCAAAGAUCACCCAAAGUUGUGGAAAGUGAUAUCGGAGGAUGGGGUACAGUGGAUCUGUCCAAGAAUCCAAAGGGUUGGGGUCAUUUGCAAGAAGUGGCGCCAGCUGACAAUGAUUGGGAAUCUGUUCAAGUUUCCGACAGUUGGACGGAUCAACCAAACUUACCAGCUGCUCAAAAUGGACCUGUCCCUGUCAAGGUCGUGAACGAUGGUGCGUGGGGUGAGUCUUUCACUGCUGCUGCUGCUGUGCCGAAUCCCGUCAGUGAGGAUGAUGGCUGGGGUAAGCCGCUUGUUGCAGAGACGGUCAAGGAGACCGAGUCGACUGCCGUUGCUCCUGGCAAUGCUGACAACGAUGGUGACUGGGGAGAGCCGGGUCAAGGUCAGCAUUUGCAAACCACAGGGUGGUCGGAGGAAGAAAUUGCUGACAGCUGGAGAAAUACUGAAGGCUGGAGUCCAGCUUCAAAGAACAACAUCAAUUCUCAACAAAAGUCUGCCAAAGAGUCGUCAGUUCGCUUCAAAUCUCAUCUUGUUACUCGAAAAGAACCUGGAUCCGAGUGGAAUGAAUCGACUGCCAAGUCAAAUGAUACGUGGAAUAACGAACGCAAUGUGUGGAAUAAGCCUUCCAAACCCGCGGCUUCUCCCGCCGAGACAGGAUCGUGGAGAAGGUCGCCUGUCAAGCAAUCCAGUGUUUUAUUCCCUGAAGCAAAGCAACCUGAACCAGAGGCCGAAGUGGUGAGCUUUUCAUUGAAAAAUUUGAUGGGCAACAAUGCACCGGUAUCGAUGCCUCCUGGAUUAUCUCCCAACGCCAAUAUGCCCAAUGCACCUCUGCCGAUGGUAUCUCCGGCGAGCAUGCUUCCAACAUCAGUGCUUCCGUUGCAAAAUCCAAUGAUGAUGCCCCCAGAUUUUCCUACGGCCGAGAAAUUGCAGAUGAUGGAUAAGGACGCUGUUUUGACCCUUGCACAGACUCUUCACCGAGAAAAUCAACAGCUUGCACAAAGCAUCAUGGGUAUGCAGCAAGAGAUGGUAAUGAUGACCAGUCGUUACACCGAUUUGAUUACGCUGUCUCGUGAGCGUGAAGCGCAGACACUUCAACUGUUCGAAGCGCGUAAGCAGACGGAACUCGAAGAGGCCAAACGAUACAUUCUGUCUUUGGAAGCUCGGAUCAGCACUUUGGAAGAGCAAAAAAUCUCGGGCAAAUCAGGAGGGGUCACAGCUGGCUUUGGCAACCAAGACCUAUUUGCAGGAUACCGAGAGGAAAUGCGUUCGAACCAUCAUCGCGGCAAGCGGAUGUGGCAAAAAUCCACCGUCGUAAGAUGCGGUAACUGUGGCGAUUCCGGUCAUUCCAGCGCUGAAUGUCAGAAUGCUUGCCGUUACUGUGGAGGCGAUCAUCUUUCUGAAACUUGUCCCCAGGCCGACUAA